AUGAAAGCUUUACCGUUUUCCCUGAUAACCCUUCAAUUCUUCAAUAACUCUUUGGAAGAGAAAUACUAGGAAUAUAUUUCAGAAUAAAAACUGACUUGCUUUAGAAUGUAGAUGUCAAAUGCCAUUAUAAUUUUACUAGCAAAUUUAUUUACAUUGAUAAUACAACAAGAAGAAAAUUACUUGGUCAUCAUAGUCACUGCACAAAUUUUAUUAUAUGCUUUAACAUUAAUAUUCAGCAGAAAAAUUUCUCCAAUUUUCAAAUACCUUUUUCCCUUCCUAUUUGUUAUGUAACACAUAUUUUUGAUAAUUUGGGCACUUGAUAAUCUAUUAUAGUAUAAUUUUUAUUUAAUUUAGACCUCAUUUUGUUUUUGGUUUUUUAAGUGGAAUUUAUUCAACUUCCUUGAUAAAUUAUUUAAGUGUGAAAGUAAAAACAGUUAUUUUAUUAUCCUUUAUAUGGAUACUACUAGGAGUUUUUAGAAUGUAUACUUUAAUGAAUCUAAAUUAAAUUUUCUUGGCAUUUGGAGUCUUUUGUUUCUAAGUAUUUUUUGCAUAUCUCUUUGAAUAUAAUUCAAGAUUAAAUUUUUCAUAAGGAAUUAUUAUACAAAACCAAAAGUAAUAAAUAUAAAUUCUAUAUUAGUAAUAUUUUGUAUAAAUUUACAAGCUAAAAAAUUCUAAUUUUAAGUUUCAGCGAAAAUAAGACAUUUUUUAAAUUGGAUUUUGCCAAUUAGAAGUUCGAAUCAAUCUAUAAUAUUGAUAAUAAUUUAGAUAACCUUAAAGAAUUCCUAAGAAAUCAUUUUAUUAUUAAUUUGCCUACCCAUUAAAUGACUGGCAGUUUAAAAGUUCAAAAAUUUGCAAAUAAAUAAAUAACAUUAGAAGAUUUGUUAUUUGAAAAAUAUAAAGCUAAAUCAGAGCUAGUUGACGAAAUUAAUGAAUUUUAAAUGAUUGAUUAAAAUAAAACUUAAAGUGAAGUUCAGAUUUAAAUAAUACAUGGAUUAUAAACUUAAUUUGUAAUAGUUAUUUAGGAAAAUAAAAGCGAAAGUUAAAUUGAAAAUUAUGAAAAAAAAAUUUCGAUUAUUAAUAAUAUAUCAGCCAAUUUUUCUAUGUUAGUUGGCUAACAAUUAUAAUCUAUAUAUAGGUAGGUUUCUGAUUUAGAAAUUUAUGAAAUUGAAUUUCAAACUUUAAAUAAAAUCUAAGGAAACAUGUAAUACUUACUUAAUGAAUCUAAGAAUUAAUUCAUGUUUUAUUCUUUCAACAAACUCCACUUAUUAAAAUAAGAAAUAAAUCAAUGUUAAUUAUCUACCUUUAUUAUGGCUUUAAAACCCUAUUUUCUUUACUAAAGUCGAAAAUAUAAAAGAGAAUUUCAAUUGCUAUUUUAAGUAGAUAAAGAUAAUGUUUAAAUGAAAAUAAAUACAAAGUUAUUAACGCAAAUAUUAAUAAAUGUCUUCAAUAGAAUUCUAACCUAUUCAAAAUUAAAUAGCAAGAUUUUAUUAAAAAUAUCUAAAGAAUAUAAUUUAAACCCAUAAUCAAUUAGUUAAUCUCAAAAGUACCGAUAAAAUUCAUCCUCAUCAAAAUACGAUUAUUUAUGCUCUUCUUAAGAUAAUAUUCAACUUUUGAUUAAUAUUAACUUUAUAUUUAAUCGAGAUGAUGAAAUUAACAAUUUUGAAGGAUGCUUUAUAAGUUAAAAUAAUGAGUUUGAACAGAGCGAUGAUUUAAUAUCAAUGGUCAAUUCAUAUUUAUUAAAAUAAAUUAGUCCUUAUAAUAAGGUAUUUAUCAUUUAAGAGUAAACCUCUGAAUCACUAAAUACAACUUUAAAAUUGUAUAUUUACUCUGAUUAAACUCAGAUUGAUCCAUCUUAUUGUGCAUCUUUAAAAUAGCAACACAUAAUUGAUUGA